CGUGAUUUAAGUUUAAUGAUUUGUUGUUACACAGAUAAUAAAUAUUUUAUGGAAUAUGACCACUACGAAUGGAUUUUCAGACUCACAAGAGUCUGAUAUAUUAGGUGAAGAAGAUUACAAAAUAAUUGUGAAGGAUAUUGGAUUUGUACCCUCAUUUUGGUUUCAAAGUAUAACAGAAGAUAAAACGGAAGAAAAAUAUGAUUUAACACAACAAUAUAUAGAAGAAGAAAAACAAAUGAAAGAUGAAGAGGAAGAAGAAUAUUUUCAAGAUCCUUUGGAGAUCAUUGAUCCUCCUAUUCCAGUAAGAGAAGAGUUUCCCGGUCGUCAUAAUUUUCAGGUUUUAUUAGUUAAUCAAGAUUCUAGUAAACAUUGGGUUUAUUCUCAAACAUUAAAAAAAGUGUUUAUUAUUAUGGAAGAAACAUUGCCACUACGUGUUAAGUGGGAACCACCUGAGGAUGGUUUUCUUUUACGUACUGCUAUGGUUUUUAGUUUAGAUCAAUAUGCUAGUGAUCCAGUUAGAAGAUGUCAUAAUCACAUGGCACCAAAUAAUCCAAGUAAUAGAGAUGUGGAUCCCAGAGUAAUUAAACAUGUUGUUAGAUGUACACAUCAUCUUACUAUGUAUGAAGAAAGAAAUGAACAUUUAUCUAUAAUAAUACCUCUUAAUAGACCACAACCUGGAUCACAAUAUGUUCCAGUAUGUUUUAAAUUUUUAUGUAAAAACAGUUGUCCAUCUGGUAUGAAUCGUAGACCAACAGAAUUAAUUUUUACUUUGGAAGAUCGUAAUAAAAGAAUUUUAGGUCGAAGAAGACUUCCUGUUAGAGUUUGUAGUUGUCCCAAAAGAGAUAAAAAGAAAGAAGAAGCUGAAGUGACAGAUGUACAACCUGAUAUAAAAAAAAGAAUGCUUUGUAUGCCAGUUGCAAAGAAAAUAAUGCCUUCCUGUGAUACUCAUGUAUUCAAUGUUCAAUUAAGUAUUGUUGGGAAAGAAAACUAUUUGGCUGUAUUAAAAUAUGCAUAUGAUAUUAUGGCAGGUCAAGCAAUCAAAACUGGACAACUUGAAUUUUUUAAACCAUAUAUGGAUGAUAUAUUACAUAAAACACCAUAAUACAUACUUAUAUGAAUUUUAAGUCUUUCACAUAUGCUUUAAAAAUCAAAAAAUUCAUAUAUUAUCUAUUUGUA